AUGUCGGGAGCCAGAACUCGUUGUCUUGCUUCCAGAACCACAGGCAGCCGUGGGGAAGGGGCAAAUAGGGGCGGCAAGAAGGCCGAGAGCAUCAUAAUUCGUGUCCAGUCCCCAGAUGGGGUGAAGCGGAUCACAGCCACAAAGAGAGAAACAGCCGCAGCGUUUUUGAAAAAGGUUGCAAAGGAGUUUGGCUUCCAAAAUAACGGCUUCUCAGUUUACAUCAAUAGAAACAAGACUGGAGAGAUAACAGCAUCGUCGACUAAAUCCCUCAGUCUGCUCAAAAUCCAGCAUGGAGAUCUGCUGUUCCUGUUUCCCUCGGGCCUCGCUGGACCCUCCUCGGAAAUGGAGACGUCGGCCCCGCUGGGGCUGAAGGCCUACGGUGCUCCCAGCGUGGUGGAGGAUGAGAUCGACCAGUACCUCAGCAAGCAGGACGGGAAGAUUUAUAGAAGCCGUGACCCACAGCUGUGCCGACACGGCCCCUUGGGGAAAUGUGUGCACUGUGUUCCACUCGAGCCAUUUGACGAGGACUACCUGAACCAUCUUGAACCUCCUGUGAAGCACAUGUCCUUCCACGCCUACAUCCGAAAGCUGACCGGGGGGGCCGACAAGGGGAAAUUUGUUGCCCUGGAGAACAUCAGUUGCAAGAUUAAAUCAGGGUGCGAGGGACACCUUCCAUGGCCUAACGGCAUCUGUACUAAGUGCCAGCCAAGUGCCAUCACGCUGAACAGACAGAAAUACAGACAUGUGGACAAUAUCAUGUUUGAGAACCACACAGUUGCCGAUCGCUUCCUUGACUUUUGGAGGAAGACAGGGAACCAGCAUUUCGGGUAUUUGUAUGGACGGUAUACAGAGCACAAAGACAUUCCUCUUGGCAUCAGAGCCGAAGUAGCUGCCAUUUACGAGCCUCCUCAGAUUGGCACACAGAACAGCCUGGAGCUUCUGGAAGACCCGAAAGCUGAGGUGGUGGAUGAAAUUGCUGCCAAGCUUGGCCUGAGGAAGGUUGGUUGGAUAUUUACAGACCUCGUCUCAGAAGACACCCGGAAGGGCACUGUCCGGUACAGCCGGAAUAAGGACACCUAUUUUCUGAGUUCGGAAGAAUGUAUCACUGCAGGAGACUUCCAAAAUAAGCAUCCUAACAUAUGUCGACUCUCUCCAGACGGACAUUUUGGCUCCAAGUUUGUCACUGCGGUGGCUACAGGUGGUCCCGACAACCAGGUCCACUUUGAAGGGUACCAGGUGUCCAAUCAGUGCAUGGCGCUGGUCCGCGACGAGUGCCUCCUUCCCUGCAAGGACGCCCCCGAGCUCGGCUACGCCAAGGAGUCCAGCAGCGAGCAGUACGUGCCCGACGUGUUCUAUAAGGACAUAGACAAGUUUGGCAAUGAGAUCACCCAGCUGGCCCGGCCCCUGCCCGUGGAGUAUCUGAUCAUAGAUAUCACAACCACUUUCCCCAAGGAUCCAGUUUAUACUUUUUCUAUAUCGCAAAAUCCAUUUCCUAUUGAAAACCGGGAUGUAUUGGGUGAGACACAGGACUUCCACAGUUUGGCCACCUAUUUAUCCCAGAAUACCUCAUCCGUGUUCCUGGAUACCAUCUCGGAUUUCCACCUCCUGCUGUUUCUGGUCACCAAUGAGGUCAUGCCUCUGCAGGACAGCAUCAGCUUGUUGCUGGAGGCCGUGAGGACGAGAAACGAGGAGCUCGCCCAGACGUGGAAGAAGUCUGAGCAGUGGGCCACCAUCGAGCAACUGUGCAGCACCGUCGGAGUGCAGCUUCCGGGCCUCCACGAGUACGGAGCCGUCGGGGGCUCCACGCACGCUGCCGCGGCCGCCAUGUGGGCCUGUCAGCACUGCACCUUCAUGAACCAGCCGGGCACCGGCCACUGCGAGAUGUGUAGCCUCCCUAGGACCUAGGGCCCCCGGCCCCUGCUGGCAGGACUGGGCCCACCCCAGCCCUUUCUGAAGCCGGGAUCAUUGUAACCAUUGCCCCAUGGUGGGCAGCCCUGAAGGGCGGGGCAGGGUGGCUGCCCUCGGGUCUCUGACCCACAAAGCUUCUCAGCACCGGCAUCCCUGGAGGGAGAGCUGGGCUGGUGCUCUGCGGGCUGACACCAGCCUUCUAGCGGAGCGGCACAAUGGCCCGCCUGGACGCCCCGUACCAGCCUCCGAGGUGGUGGAAGGACCUGGGCACCUCGGAACCAUCACCUGGGGCUGGGAGGGGUGGGGAGGGCUUACUGCCGCCAUCCAGCUUUCUCUUCCCUUUCUUUUGGAUGCUUUUUGUUUUUGCCCCUCCCGUGGUUCCCGUGGGGAGUGUUUGGUGACCUCUGUGCACUGUUGCUCUGGGCUGACCCUGCCUGUGAGGGCCACUUCUUCCCCUGCCGGCGGCUGUUGUCUUGUGGAAACAUGACUGGGCCCAGGGCUGCUGGUCUCCCUUCUGCCUGACCUGCAGGUUAAUUUGCUGCCCGCCCUCCUCCUUGCGCUCACCUGACAUCCAGGUGGGGUUUUUAAAGUCUGCGUUGGUUGUAAUAACAGUUAUCAGUAAUUUCUGCCCAGAAGACUUUUAUUUAUUUCUUUUUAAGAUAAAAACUACAUAAAAGGGGAGUGAGAGACUAGUUCCCACUUCUUCCUUCCCAUAGUGAGUCCCUGGGCGUGGGGGCAGGGUGGACGCAAGGUGGCGAGGGUGGACGGGGACCCACAGUCAGUUCUUCUUGGAAGUAAACCUCAGUGCCUGAGACUUUCCUGCCAAGCCACACAGCAACCGCAGCUGCAGACUUGGUGGUCCACGCAUCGGCGCCUCCAGAUGGGCCAGGCCUGCCUGGGGUGAGCUGGGUCACCCGGGACCCGAAGCUCUAGCCCCUUUUGCCCUGUGCACCAUUCUCCCAUUGCCCCGCCCAGCCCCGGGCCUCCUGCACGGUGAAGAGCCACUGCAACAGGCCCGAGUGAGAGACUAGGGGCUUGGUCUGUUGUGGGGUGACUGGACUGCUGUGGGGGUCCCAGGACAGAGGUCAUGUUCAGGCCUUGCACGUGGCUCUGGGGUCCCCAGGGAGUUGUGGGUGGCACCCUGGUGCCUCUUUGCCUUAAUGAGGGCCAUGUCUCUGAGCUGCAUGGCACCCAUGGGAGAGGCUGGCCCAGACGUGGACUGUGCUGGGGACUUCAUGUCUCUGCCCUGGGGGUGGGGGGAGGCCUGUGGGACCCUACCUUAACCCAUGGCACUGUGGACAGAGAACUCUGUUCUCUGCACGUUGGCUUCUCGCGGCAGGGCUGUGCCUGGCACCUGCAGGUCCACCUGGUGUCUCGUCUCCUCUGGGGGCCAGGGGCCGAUGAGGUUGGGUCUGGCUUCAGCAGAGCCAUCGGUUGUUGGGGGAGGGGGGUGGGCAGGAGAGGCACGGAGCGCAGACCCCCGCCAGGGUGUGGCGGCUGUCCCAGCUCAAGCUCAGCUCCCAGCCGCCUGCUGAGGGGCUCUCCACGACGGGCCCCGUGUCGUGUGGUCCCUGCGAACCAGUGUGAGGCUGCAGAGGGGCCCGGUGGCCCUGGGCCCUGGGCCCUGAGCUCCCCCUGUGUGUCCCCCAGGCCCCCCCAACCCCCCAUUCUCCUCGUGUCGCCUUCACCCACCAAGCUGGCUCCCGUCUCUCUUCAGCCAACAUUCUCCUCACUCUGAAGUUCUGGCAGAUGCAGAAUUCAUUUCCUUUCAUCUUUUAGCUAAAGGAAGAGCGUUUUGAUUUCUCUGCUUCUGGUUUUGAGUCACUCUUUGUUCAGUAAACGCACUUUAUUUUAUUGUCCAAAUAAAUAGACCCCGAGCUCAGCGUGAGGGUGUGGGGGCACCCUGCCAGAGGCCUUGGCCAUGGGCAGCUUAGCCACCUCCUCCUGCCCAAGGGAGGGAGGGGUGCCCCAGCCCCACCUGCAUCCUGCUCGCCCUCGUGUGGACGCACCCCCUGGCCACUGGGCGCGGGGUGACUGCUCAGCUGUCCAGGUGCACACAGCCGGCGGCCUUGGCCUCUGACAGUCUGCUCCUGGUGCUGCCGCUCCAGCAGGUGCGUCAGCUGGGUUUGCAUUAGCGUUACCUGGACUCGGGUCCCGCCGUGAAGCCAAUAAAAGUCCUGAAGCGACCACUGAGCUCCCAGUUGUUGUUCCUGGGCCCUGAGGCCUUCC